ACAGUCGCCGGUAACAAAACAAACUCCGAUGAUCGAGACUGGUAAAUACCUUCUCGGCGCCGCCGGUGCUAGCGGCUUCGGCUCUAAAUCCACCGCCGAGGAGGUUACCGAGAACUGCGACCUUCGUUCCAUCACAGCGGUUAUCACCGGUGCGACGUCGGGGAUCGGAGCAGAGACGGCGAGAGUGUUGGCGAAACGAGGAGCGAGGUUGAUUUUCCCGGCGAGGAACGUGAAAGCGGCGGAGGAAGCGAAAGAGAGAAUCGUCUCUGAGUUUCCGGAGACAGAGAUCGUCGUUAUGGAGCUUGAUCUCAGUUCUAUCGCCUCCGUACGAAACUUCGUCGCCGAUUUCGAGUCUCUUGAUCUUCCUCUUAAUCUUCUCAUAAACAACGCAGGCAAGUUAGCACAUGAACAUGCAAUAUCCGAAGACGGGAUCGAGAUGACAUUUGCCACUAAUUACCUAGGCCAUUUUCUGUUGACCAAUCUUUUGCUAAAGAAGAUGAUUCAAACGGCAGAGGAAACAGGAGUUCAAGGACGGAUCGUUAACGUUACGUCCGGUAUCCACGGUUGGUUUACCGGCGACUUGAUCGAAUAUCUCCGGCUGAUUUCACAACCCAAGUGUCAAUUCGAUGCGACACGUGCGUAUGCUCUCUCGAAGCUUGCCAACGUUUUGCAUACCAAGGAGCUCUCUUCUAGACUCCAGAAAAUUGAAGCGAACGUGACGGUAAAUUGCGUACACCCAGGAGUUGUUAGAACCCGGUUAACAAGAGACCGAGAAGGUUUAUUGACAGAUCUCGUCUUCUUCCUUGCUUCCAAGCUCGUUAAGACCGUCCCUCAAGCAGCAGCAACGACGUGUUACGUGGCAACAAAUCCAAGACUGGUGAACGUAUCGGGAAAGUAUUUCACGGACUGUAAUGAAACGACGCCGUCUGGACUCGGAUCCAACUCAUCCGAAGCUACCAAAUUAUGGGCUGCUUCUGAGAUUCUGGUAGCUCAACAUUCCAAGGCCAGUUUCGACCCGUGUAGCUAAAGAAAAACAAAAAAAAAAAGUAAUUAUCUUA